AUGAGCUACGCCCAGUAUGGCGCAGGCGACGACGAGGGGUCCGUCUGGCAGCCCCUCCCCUCCCAGUUCCUCCCCUCGCCGCCAACCGCCCUCGCGUUCGACCCCAUGUCGCCCCUCGUCUUCGCCGGCUCGCCCUCGGGCACCGUCGCGAGCUACUUCUGCCAGCCCACGACCGGCCUCGGCGGCCGCUACACGAGCUACCGCGCGCACUGGGGCGCGGUCGGCGAGAUGGGCGUCGACCCGUCCGGCAUCCUCAGCGUCGGAGGCGGCGGCAGCAUGCCCGGCAGGAGCGGUGGAGGAGGGAGCGUCAAGCUCGCCAACCGCAGGGGCAUGACCCUGUGGAGCGUCGAGACCGACCCGCCUGUACCGCUCACCACGUUCGCCUACACGCCGUCACGCUCGUCCGAGAUCGUCGCGACGGGCCCGGGCAGCGACAUGGUCGUCGUCAACCUCUCGCGAGGGUCCGUCGUCCGCAAGCAACCUUCGCCGCUGUCGUUCGUCCACCUGAGACGGUCGAGCCAGCUCGUCGGGUCGACCAUCACGGGCUCGCUGUGCCUGCUCGACACUCGCACGCCCGAGUUCACCAUCGGCGAGACGGUCCUCGCGCACACGGGCGGCAUCAGCCAGCUCGAGACCGAGGGCAACUACAUCGUCACGGUCGGCUUCACGAUGCGACAAGGUCUUCCGCUCCCGGACCCGUACCUCAAGCUGUUCGACACGCGGUACCUGCGCCCGCUCUCGCCGAUCCCGUUCCCGACACCGCCCGCGCUCGUGCGCUUCCACCCUCGCCUGUCGGGCAACGUCGUCGUCGCCAGCUCGGACGGCCGAGUGCAGAUGCUCGACCUCAAGGACGUCGGCAAGAGCUCGGUCUUCGAGAUCGGGACCCCGAGCGGCCUCACGUCCAUGGCCAUCUCGCCGACGGGCGAGGGCCUCGCGUUCGGCGACGCCGAGGGCUACCUGCACCUGUGGUCGGCGCAACCCGCCGAGGGCGAGGCCAAGUUCUGCCGCUACGACGGCGACGUCGAGCUGCCCGACACGGUCGACCUCCCCGAGCGCAUCGACUGGCGCGACGACACGCCGCUCAACUCGGUCGGCAUGCCGUUCUACUCGUCGCCGCUCCUCAGCAUGUUCCCGCAGCACAUGACGACGACCCACACGGCGUCGCACCGCCGCAUGCCGAUCGACCCGCAGGUGGCCGCCUCGGCAAAGACGGUCGACUUUGUCGGGUACGCGGCCUACCCGGCCCAGCUGCGGUCGGCCGUCCGGCGCAACCAGGUGCGCGGUCCGGCCGGGUCGCGUGCGGCGGGCGCGGGCCGGCUCGGCGUCGACGCGCCCAUGUUCCGCAGCGAGCGCGAGCGCGCCGACGCCAAGCGCAGGCGCGACUUCGGCGACUCGGCGACGACCGAGGCCGAGCCCGAGGAGGAGCACAACGGCGAGGACGAGAUGCCCAAGUACUACCGCAAGGUCGAGAUCAAGUACAGCCGGUUCGGCAUCGAGGACUUUGACUUUGCGUUCUACAACAAGACGCCGCACUCGGGCCUCGAGACGCACAUCACCAACUCGUACACCAACUCGCUCCUGCAGGCGCUGCACUACCUGCGCCCCGUGCGCACCGUCGCCAAGAGCCACACGUUCGAGGCGUGCCCCAAGGAGAACUGCCUCUUGUGCGAGGCCGGCUUCCUGUUCCGCAUGCUCGAGGACGCGCGCGGCAUGAACUGCCAAGCGUCCAACUUCUCGCGCGCGUUCGGCGCCAACCCGCAGAUCGCGGCGCUCGGCCUCAUCGACCACGAGAACGACGCGGCCAAGUCGGUCGCGUACGCGACCCUGAUCCAGACCUUCAACCGGUUCCUUCUCGAGUGCAUGACGUCCGAGUCGACCUUGCCCGCCAUCCCGGCCACGUCGUCGUCGCCGAGGAUCCCGCCGCCACCUGCGCCGUCGCUCCUCAAGAACGCGCCGCCGGGCGUGCCCGUCAAGGCGCCGCUCGCCCAGGUCGUCAAGGUCGACGCCCAGUCGCUCAGCACGUGCCAGAACUGCAGCGUCACGUCCGAGCGCGAGACGGGCCUCAACGUCAUCGACCUGCAGUACCCGCGACGGGCCAUGUCGAACGAGCAGCAGCCCGCCACGUCCUUCUCGGCCAUCCUGUCGUCGUCGAUCGUGCGCGAGACGAUGGCGCGCCUCCCGUGCUCGUCGUGUCGGCAGAACACGCACGUGCGCAUUCGCCGCACGCUCCCGUCCGACCCGGCGCGCCUCCCGCCCGUCCUGACGCUCAACGCGGGCGUGCGCACGGCCGAGGAGCUCGAGCUGUGGAGGGACGGCAGGGAGAGGGACGGGUCGAGGUUUGUCCUGAGCCGGUUCAGGCUCGGGCGGGGGAAGGGCGGCGGAGCGGUCGUCAAGGGGUCCGAGGGCGAGGCGGCAGAAGGCGAGGUCGAGUACGAGCUGAGGGCCAUGGUCGUCCAGAUCCAGGCCGAGGGCGAGGCGCCUCACCUCGUCUCGUUCGCUCGCGUAUCGGACGAGGAGAAGGAGCCGGGCUCGUCGUGGCACCUCUUCAACGACUUUCUCGUUCGCCCCGUCAGCCAGGCGGAGGCGCUCAGCUUUCCCGGCAAGUGGAAGAUCCCGGCCGUCCUCUUCUACGAGCGCGUCGACUCGAGGGAGAUGCUCGACUUCUCGGACCUGCCGCUACGGAGCGACCCCGCCAUCCUCUGCGAGGACAUCACUAUCUCCAAGAACCGCGACCGCUCGAUGAUCAAGCACCAGCCGUUCCGCCUCGACGAGCUGCCACGACGAGGCACGCUCGUCGCCAUCGACGCCGAGUUUGUCUCGCUGCAGCAGGAGGAGGCCGAGUUCCACUCGGACGGGACCAAGAAGGUCCUGCGGCCGUCGCGGCAGACGCUCGCGCGCGUGUCGGUCCUGCGCGGCGAGGGCACCGAGACGGGCAUCCCGUUCAUCGACGACCACAUCCACACGAGCGAGCCCGUCGUCGACUACCUCACCGAGUUCUCGGGCAUCCGCGCGGGCGACCUCGACCCGGUCCACUCGCGGCAUACGCUCGUGCCGCUCAAGGUGGCGUACAAGAAGCUGCGCAUGCUCGUCGACCUCGGCUGCGUCUUCAUCGGACACGGGCUCAACAAGGACUUCCGCAUCAUCAACAUCUACGUCCCGCCGCACCAGAUCAUCGACACGGUCAACAUCUACCACCUGCCCGCCCGACAGCGCAAGCUCUCGCUGCGGUUCCUCGCGUACGCCGUGCUCCACUCGGCGAUCCAGGCCGACACGCACGACUCGAUCGAGGACGCGAGGACGGCGCUGCAGCUGUACGAGCACUAUCAGCGCCUCGAGGCCGAGGGCUCGUGGGAGGACACGCUCGAGGACGUGUACCGCGAGGGCAAGCAGACGAACUUCAAGGCGCCCGUCGAGCCCCCUCCGCCCGUCGCGCCGCGCAACGACUCGCCCAACCCGGGCUUUGGCGCGCUCGGCCCGCUCCCGCAGCACGGCCUCGCGCCUGGGGGCCAGCCCAUGUUCGUGCGCGGCGUCAUGCCGCCGCCCAUGCCGAUGCACGGCCGGCCACCGAGAGGGUUCUUGGGCUGAAAAGGGGGCGCGCGAGCCUCGCAAUACAGCCACUUGACCCGGU